ACUUCAGUUCACUUCAACAGCGUACAAAAUGUACUAAUGUUAGUGUGACCUCAACACCCAACUAGAGAUGUUACAUCCCACUUGAACUCAACAUCAUAACACAUGACACAUGUCUGGCUGAUGUUUGACUUGAAGCCCUUAAACACCAGGUUGCAUAAAAGCCAUCCUGCAAAGACGUGCAGAGCUUUGAAAAGCUUACUUCACAGGGCAAGAGUGAACAAAAGUGUUAGUUUAGCCAAGUUAGCUCUGCUGAGAAGGGAAAGAAAUGCAGUCUGCGGUAAAACAAAACCUCCAUUCGGAGACUGAAGGAGACAUCAACAAACUCAUCAACCUGAAGCUCAAUGCAUCCUACGUCUACCUUUCUCUGGGGAUGUAUUUUGACAGGGAUGACGUUGCCCUGCCAAAAUUCUCCACUUUUUUCCUGGAGCGCUCAGUGAAUGAGAGGGAACAGGCUGAGAAGCUGCUGGAAUAUCAGAACAUGAGAGGAGGUCGAAUUUUGCUUCAGACUAUUGCCAAACCUAGUAGAGAGGAUUGGAGAGGUGGUCUGGAUGCAAUGUCCUUUUCCCUGGACUACCAGAAGUCCCUAAACACAUGUGUCCUUGAUGUGCACCGCAGAGCUGGCACCAACACUGACCCUCAUCUGUGUGACUUCCUCGAGCAGCACUUCCUCAUCGACAGCCACGACACCAUCAAGAAGCUGGGCGAUUACAUCGGCAGUCUGACCCGCAUCACUGCGUCCGAGACACACGGUGCUAUGGGAGAAUACCUCUUUGAUAAACACACUCUGUAAAGGUCACACAAGUACAGUGAAAUAAGCUCCACAUUACAGGGAAACAGUCCCUCACACUGUGCAAAAUUUCUACUCCGUUAAGAAAACUAUACAAUGUGUUCACAGUUUACCACAAACUUCAUUCUUGUACUAAUGGCACAAGAGAAGUUUUAAGCAAAAUAACAGAAAAUACCUCUAUUUGUCUUGAAAACCGCACUGGAAAAUAAUGUUCUCAUUAAGAUGGUGCUAAAAACCUACCAUUCUCUUCAGCUAUUAAUGAGUCACUUGUUCAUUUAAGCUCCGUUUUAUCAUGUGUCAUGCAUUCCAGUGUGUCCGAGGUUUUAACCUUCACAAAUAUUUUGUAAAAAUGCAAACUCUUUUGAGUCAAAUAGAUAAUUUAAGAUUUGGAAUAUCAUUGAAACAUUGAAUAAAGCCAGACUAUGAUGACAUAUCA